GUAAACAAUCCACAAAAUCACAUCAUUUUCAUGAUUUUCUUCUUUGAAAUUCUGAUGAAUCAGCUUCUGAUGUAAACAUUACAACAUCUCGUUGACUCAAGAGUUGAUAAAAGAGAUAUGUCUACAGAGGUUAGUCCAGAGCCCCUUGCCCCUCUGAAACAUGUACCAAGUCAAAAAGAGGCCUUCCGCACUGAAGAUGGUUACAACAUGACAUUAAUGCAGAGAGGCAAUACUCUGGACACAUUGCCAACUGUUGCAUCUCCCCGCCUUCCCCUCCUAAAUGCAAUGUCUUGUGGUCCUCCUGCCUUCACCAGAUACCAUGGAGUGCCUCGGAGAUAUGAAGAAACAAAACCAGUCAUGGUCCAAAACUUCACACACAAAAAGAUAUUAGAUAUUGGUUAUAGCAUCCAUCAAAGAUCUCAGGGUCAGUUGGAGCGAGAGAAGGAACAAGCCGUCCAGGAAGCAGAGGAAAGAUUAUGGGAGCAUGCAGAAAAAGUCAAAUACGAAACUCUGGACAAGUUGCGUGAAAAAUUAAGUGUUGAGCAUGAGAAAGCUGUGAAGAAGUUAAAGAAAGAGCAUGAAAAAGCUAUCAAGGAGGAGGCCCUCAGAGUGGAAAGUAUCAUGCAACAGUUGGCAAUUGAACAGGUGAAGGAGGAGAGAGCGGCCGGAGAGAAGAGGCUGACAGCUGCUGUCAAGGCCACUGAGGAACGUUGUCACCAGGAGCUGCUGACAGCUGUGGCUGCAGCAAGGGCGGAGGAGAAAGAUAUGGCAGCCAAAGAAGCAGCAAGAAAGGCCAAGGAAUUUAAAGACAAAUUUGAUUGUGCAAUGGCAAAUGCUGCGCAGGAAAAAGAGAGGGCUUUGGUCACGCUCGCAGAAGAGAAGGAUUGGGAGCGGCAGGAAGCAAUCACAAGGACCCGACAGUUCGAACAGAAACAGGCAGCGCAGCGCCUCGCAGAAGUCACGGCAUCAUUUGAAGGUCGCAUCAAAGUCAUCAAACACAAACUGUCACGAAAACAGGAUGAAAUUUAUGCAUUGCAAGGAGAGUUAACGAGAGUUACGGAUUUAAGAAUGACAGCCGAGUUAGAACUUUAUGAGACACGUGCAGCCUUCCAGAAGUACAUAAACUACGUGAACAGCUUUAUACCAGGACAAGCAGACUACCAAAUGCCUCCCUCUAAAGUUGACUUUACUACAUUAAUACUGCAAUUGGAGGCUGCCGCAACAGCGGAGUCUGCAGCUAGAGCAGCAGCAGAUGAGCUGGAGGCUGAACGUACUCAGAAUAUCGCAGAGACUUCCAAUGCUAACUAACUAACUUGCCAGGAAAGUCUCUCUCCUUGAUAAUCUUAUGAUUUGCAAAUUGUGAUACCUCAAACAUAUUUCUUUGAAGUUCAAAGUGCAGAUUUUGACACUUUGCUUUAGUAAUAUGUCUCUUUCUACCCCGCUGAUGAAUAUUUAGAGCAUGAAAAUCUACACCAAGAAAAGUUUAGUCAGUUUAUCAUGGCUUAUAAAGCAUAUUAUUCCCUUUCCAUUUGAGUAUCUAUACCCUCACCGAAAGGCAGUGCACUGAAAAUGACUGCAUCACACUGCUUUUGACUGAAACCCCCACUGCAUAUGACUGUCUUAGGCAUAUCAUUUUUUCUUAAUGUUUUAAAACCACUGAUUUUGACUGAAAGACCACUGCAAAGCACUGCCACUUGCAUAUCAUUAUGAACGACGUAUUUCAAAAACACUGCCUAUGACUGAAAGACCACUGAUUUCCACUUCUCCAACUCUGAUCGAAACCCGUGGCAUUUUCAACAUGACUGAAAACCACUGCUUUAUGACUGGUGAGAUUAAGACUUGAUGGCAGUGUAAAGCAGUGGUAAUUGCAGUCAAAUUCAGUGUUAAAUAUCACCCAUAAUGCAACCUGAGACAGGAAGCUAGUAAGUUUGAAUUUGAUAGUCAAACAUUCAAGAAAUCAUGGUACCUCUUCAUAUUUCUCGAUAUUUACCCGAAUUUCAAUAUGAGAAGAGGGGAGUUUUAGUCAGUUUGAAUUGGAACACAUUUAAAGGAGCCAAAUGAAUGCAAAAAGGGUAAUCUCGGCAGACACUGAAGUUGUAUUUUCAGCAAAUCAAGAAGGCUGUAUAGGCCCUAUAGGUGUUGUAAUGGUGCAUGCAUACACUGCAAGAUAUCUGCAUGUAUCUUCAUGCAUCUACUGUAGGCCCUAUAGGUGUUAAUUGUAAUGUAUGCAUACACUGCAAAUUAUCUGCAUGGGAGCUCAAUACACAUCAAUCAGUAGAUCAUUAUUCUACAGGCUGCGUGCAGUUACUUUAUUUGGACGUCAAUUUGAUCUAGCUUCAAUCCCUGACAUCACUGACAGUAGCUAUGUGCCAUGUGUCGUUUCAACUGUCUAGUAACCCCAUCUGACCACUGUCAUUAUGACAAAGUUUGCAAUGACGUAGGUCAAGGACGUGAAUUUGUCAUCUUUUUACUGUGUCACGUCAUCAUACAAUGGCGAUGUCCUCUAUUUGUGCAGAUGACGUCAUCACUGCCAUAUUGGAUGCAAACACACCGUCUAAAAUAGGACAGCAAAAGUAACAGUUCGCUAGAAGUUUUUGCUUUUUCGAACAAUUUCUUUGGUUGUCAUCAGUACAGGGGGGUCACGUCCCCCAAACCUUUCUCGGCAUCCGUGCCUGCAUGCCAUUAAAUAAAUUAUUCAUAUUAACACUGAAAAUGACUGCUCCCUCCAAGAGGUUUUGGAAAUGGCAGUCAAAAUCAGUGGUGUUUCAGUGUGGAUUCAGUGUGCUGCGAAAUAUUUAAAUUAACACUGAACCCCACUGCCAGCCCUGUGCAUGAUGCAUAGUGGGGAGUCAUUUUCAGUGUCAAAAGCAGUGGAAAUCAGUCAGCCUAAAUAUUUUAAUGAGCACUGCUUUUGACUGCCUUACCACUGAUUUUGACUGUCUUACCACUGCUUAUGACUCCCUAACCUCUAUUUUUGAUUGCUGUAUAACUGUAUGCUUUGGUAUUGCGUGACUGAAAAACACUCCCUAUGACUGCUUUCCACUGAUUUCAACACUGCCAUAAAAAUGUGAGGUAACACUGCAACCUGACUGAAUCCUGACUGAUAUCACACUGCUUUUCGGUGAGGGUAGUAGCACUUUGUAAAUCAAGUAUGUCUUGACUAUGUAUUUUUGUUUCAAGUCCUUAUUGGGUACUGUAAUUGAUUAUGGUAUAUCUUUUAAUGAUACGCAAAUAAAUCUGUCCUCUUGAUUGAUUCAGAUCACCUGUAGAUAUGAUUGACCUGGUCUUGGCUUUCUUUAUUGAAAAAAUCAUUUGUGAGUAUACAACAUCGAUUUUGAUUAAAACAACAGCCAUGUGUACGCCAAGUUUAUAGUUAUCAGACAACAAAAUUAAAAAGUGUCCUGAUUUUGUUGUACGAGUGCCAUUUGAACUUAGACCUAUAUACUGUACAUUGGGGAUGGUACUGCUGACCUUUAAUAUCAAAGAGAUAUUGAUUAUAUUCAUUUUAUAGAUAAUAUAUGUACUUUCAUUUGUAGGGUGACCCUAAAAUGUCAGAGUAAAGCUCCAUUUAUUUAGUUUUGAUGAAUGACAUUGUAUUUUGGAGAAAUUUAAAAAAGGGGGCUCUGCUCUGGCAUUUUAUUUGAUAGUGGUACACCUUGUGUAUGCUGUGAUAUUGUAUGUAUUGUAGUAUCAAGAUUUUCCAACACCACUAGGGUACAACUAACCAGAAUGGGAGUCUGCAAACUGUUUCGAAGUUCUCAUGCAAGUUUGUCUGGGUUCAUUUCAUGAACGAGUUGGCAUAGCCUACCAGCGUAAUGUGGCUAUAGCUAUGUGAUGCUGGCUGUCAAGGGUUUGCCUGGUCUUUCAAACGGUGUAAGCUGAGCAAGACGACAAAUUCUAGCACAAUUUUGGCACCCGUACUGUGCUGCAGUCACUCAUUGGACAUAGUCCGAAUUACAAAGCCCUAUGUUAUAUUUCAUUCCCAAGUGACAGCCAGUGCCGUUUAGUGUGAUGCCAAUACGCCAAUGGUAAUUGGGGGAGGGGGGGGGGGGGGUAAGUUGGUGGUCCAUACAGCCUACACUUGAAGAGACUAUAGCGUCAGCCUCUCUGGCACCAUUUAUAAUUACAUCCGUCCACGAUUGAUUUUACAAGACCGUAAUUGUUUUCUCUAUUGGUUUUUGUCUCUCGAGUUUUUGGUUUUAUUUUUUCCUCUAUUCACUUCAAUAGAAGAAUUUUGUCACGAGUGGCUGUCUUGUAUUUUGUAAUGGUUAUGGUGAUAACUAUGGUAAUGAUAAAUGUAAAAUAAUCAAGAGGUUACCUCGUUCGUAGCUUUCAUUUGCUAAAAGUUUGGCAUGAUAAUUGUUCGAUAAAACUCUUUGUAGCAUUAACUAGAAAGGGUUGACAAUGUAAAUCUUUACUCUCAACACACACGUUUUAAAAAGGGUGUGUUUGCCAGAUAAUACAAUAAUGUGAUAAUACUCAUGUAUAGCAAGUCUAUAUUUUUUGUGUAAGGUACAUCAAGUGAUGUUGAUGCGUGCUUAAUAAAAUCAAUCUUUAUUUUUUUUAGAA